UGGCCGAGGCAGGGGCCACCUUAGACAGCCAUGCAGUGUCUGGGGAUCCCAAGCCGGAGGCGGAGCCGCUCCAGGGAGCUCUACCUGCAGGAGCAGAGCCUCAAGGUGGCAGCGCUCAAUGGGCAGAGGCUGGGCCUUCAGGGCGACAAGGACCUCCAGGCCCUGUUGAAAGGCAGCCAGCUCCUGAAGGUGAAGUCCAGCUCAUGGCGGCGAGAACGCUUCUACAAGCUGCAGGAGGACUGCAAGACCAUCUGGCAGGAGUCUCGCAAGGUCAUGAGGUCCCCGGAGUCCCAGCUGUUCUCCAUCGAGGACAUUCAGGAGGUACGCAUGGGACAUCGCACAGAGGGCCUGGAGAAGUUUGCCCGAGAUGUACCGGAGGACCGCUGCUUCUCCAUCGUCUUCAAGGACCAGCGAAACACACUGGACCUCAUUGCCCCGUCAUCAGCAGAUGCCCAGCACUGGGUGCAGGGUCUGCGCAAGAUUAUCCACCACUCGGGCGCUAUGGACCAGCGGCAGAAACUGCAGCACUGGAUUCACUCCUGCUUGCGAAAAGCUGACAAAAACAAGGACAACAAGAUGAGCUUCAAAGAGCUGCAGAACUUCCUGAAGGAACUCAACAUCCAGGUGGACGACGGCUAUGCCAGGAAGAUCUUCCGGGAAUGUGACCACUCCCAGACGGACUCCCUGGAGGAUGAGGAGAUUGAGGCCUUCUACAAGAUGCUGACCCACCGGGAGGAGAUCGACCGCGCCUUUGCCGAGGCUGCGGGGUCCUCAGAGACCCUGUCGGUGGAUAAACUGGUGACCUUCCUGCAGCACCAGCAGCGAGAGGAGCAGGCGGGGCCGGCCAUGGCCCUCUCCCUCAUUGACCGCUACGAGCCCAGCGAGACUGCCAAGGCACAGCGGCAGAUGACCAAGGACGGCUUCCUCAUAUACCUUCUGUCAGCCGAUGGCAGCGCCUUCAGUGUGGCGCACCGGCGGGUCUACCAGGACAUGGGCCAGCCGCUCAGCCACUACCUGGUGUCCUCCUCUCACAACACCUACCUGCUGGACGACCAGCUCGCCGGGCCCAGCAGCACGGAAGCCUAUAUCCGAGCCCUGUGCAAAGGCUGCCGCUGUUUGGAGCUGGACUGCUGGGACGGGCCCAACCAGGACCCCAUUAUUUACCACGGUUACACUUUCACCUCCAAGAUCCUCCUCUGCGAUGUGCUCAGGGCCAUCCGGGACUAUGCCUUCAAGGCAUCCCCCUACCCAGUCAUCUUGUCCCUGGAGAAUCACUGCAACUUGGAGCAGCAGCGCGUGAUGGCAAGACAUCUGCGCUCCAUCCUGGGGCCCAUGCUGUUGGACCAGCCACUGGACGGAGUCACCACAAGCCUGCCCUCCCCUGAGCAACUGAGAGGGAAGAUCCUGCUGAAGGGGAAGAAACUUGGCGGUCUGGUGCCCGUGGGAGGGGACGGUGGCUCCGAGGCCACCGAUGUGUCCGAUGAAGAUGAGGCGGCCGAGAUGGAGGACGAGGCUGUCCGGAGCCGAGUGCAGCACAAGCCCAAGGAGGACAAGCUCAGGCUGGUGCCAGAGCUCUCCAACAUGGUCAUCUACUGCAAGAGUGUCCACUUUGGAGGCUUCUCCAGUCCUGGCACCUCCGGGCAGGCCUUCUAUGAGAUGGCUUCAUUCUCUGAGAACCGUGCCCUUCGGCUGCUCCAAGAGUCAGGAAAUGGCUUUGUCCGCCACAACGUGGGCCACCUGAGCAGGGUCUACCCGGCUGGGUGGAGAACAGACUCCUCCAACUACAACCCCGUGGAGAUGUGGAACGGGGGCUGCCAAAUUGUGGCCCUGAACUUCCAGACUCCUGGGCCGGAGAUGGACGUGUACCUGGGCCGCUUCCAAGACAAUGGAGCGUGUGGGUAUGUGCUGAAACCUGCCUUCUUGAGAGACCCCAACACCACCUUCAACUCACGUGCCCUAACUCAGGGGCCCUGGUGGACUCGGAAGCGGCUCCGUGUCAGGAUUAUCUCUGGACAGCAGCUGCCAAAAGUCAACAAGAAUAAGAAUUCAAUCGUGGACCCCAAGGUGACAGUGGAGAUCCACGGUGUGGGCCGGGAUGUGGCCAGCCGCCAGACGGCGGUCAUCACGAAUAAUGGUUUCAACCCAUGGUGGGACACAGAGUUUGAGUUCGAGGUGGCUGUGCCUGAACUCGCCCUUGUGCGCUUCGUGGUAGAGGACUAUGAUGCGUCCUCCAAGAAUGACUUCAUUGGUCAGAGCACCAUCCCCUGGAGCAGCCUGAAGCAGGGAUACCGCCACGUCCACCUCUUGUCUAAGAACGGAGACCAGCAUCCGUCAGCCACCCUCUUUGUGAAGAUCUCAAUCCAGGACUGAGCCUGAGAAUUCAGUUACGUCCACUCUGAGUGGGUCUGGCCCUGUGUCUAUGCCCAGGACAGGGCUGGUAUGGCUGCUCCAAUCUCUGGUGUGGAGCCAAGAGGCCCUGAACUGCCUUCAGCUGUCUCACACACCACUUUUGCUGCUGUCUCUCCGGGGCCCCAGGACCUCCUCCGUUCCGUUAGAAACAACGCUGCAGUCCUGCCCCGCUGGCCAGCUUUAGGCUGAGAGUUUUUAUAAAAAUCAUAUGACUAAGCCUCA